AUGCAUAUGAACGAAAGCAUGAUAAUCAGCGUCGAGCAAAGCCGGCAUAUUUACAAAAAUGCUACCAGCCUGAACUUCGCAACCAGCACCAAGCGCACCCAAGGCGACUAG